GCAUUGGAAGUAGAAAAGGUGUGCCCAUUGGAUGAUACUGAAUGAAUUAGUAGGAACAUAAAUUCUGUGUCUCAUCUAUGCAGCUCAAGCAGGCUAUCAUCAAAGCCCUUGGUCCCAUGAUGAGCCUCCUGCUACACAAAGAGGAGUAUCAAGAUCAGAUAUUUGAACACCUCUCAUGGCUCCUUGAGCAAUAUAAGGAGGACACUGAUGUUUUUCACGUCACCAAGAGUCUGAGCCAGCUCUUGGAGGUCUCUGGUGAAUAUAAGAUCCCUCUCCUGACGGGAAGUUUCAAGCCAUCUGCAGUGCUCUGCAUAACCAGAUCUGUUCUCAGGCUAGGCCGCUCAGCAUGGAAAAUCACACAGAGCUGGUCCAUUGUGUAGUUCAACUAGG